AUGGGUUCCGAGUUCGGCGUCACGCCCGACACGGUGCCCGAGCUGCGGCUCGACGGGGUGGGCAUAUUCUGGAUCGUCUGGGCCGUCGUCUGGACGACGGUUCUCAUCGGAGGCAUGGUAUAUCUCUAUACCCGGCGCGACAUGCCCAUAUUGAGGAUCCGAGGCCUGCCGUUAUCCUUCGCCGCCGUCACCCUACUACAUUUCUACUGGCUUGCCGUCACGACAGGGUACGUCUACGGGCCCCUGAUGCCCGAGGUGGCCGAGUACUGGAUCAUGGGAAUCUGGUUCCCCUUUGGCAUCGCCCUCUUCCAUGCCUCCAACAGCCGCUUCCUCUACGUUGCGAACGCCCAGAAAAAAUACGUCAACAACGCCGCCGACGCCGGCUGGGACCACGAGCGGCCGCGGAUUCGCAAGACGCUCGUCGCCAGGUGGAAGAUGCUCGACUACAGCUACAAGAUGCUCCUGGUCGUCGGCCUCGGCAUGGGUUUCCAGCUUUUCCUGACGCUCUUCAUGUUCAUCGUCUCGCGUAAAUUCCACUCGUCUUUCGGCAUCCCCGGCACCGAGGUCAGCGGCACCUACAUGGAGGUUAAGACGGCUCAAGGUCGAGGUUGGGAAUGGUGGCCCUCAGUCUUUUGGCAGCUCUUUUGGGCCUGGAUUAUAGCUCCCACUAUCCUAUGGCGCGCUCGCGGUCUUCGCGACACGCAGGGAUGGCGUACGCAGACCAUUGCCUGCUGUCUUUCUGGUCUUCACGCCGCGCCCAUGUGGCUCAUUGGCAUCUACGCUCCCGGGAUGGCCCCCGUCAACAAAUACUUUAUUCCGCCACAAUGGAUCGGCCUGUCCAUCAUGAUGAUUGAAAUCUUCACCGUCUUCAUUCCCUGCUGGGAGGUUCGCAAACAGCAGGCUCUAUGCCAGGAGACGCUCAACUCGAUCGCACGGUGGGAGUCGCGGCAAAAGUCUGCAGCGCACUGCGCAAAGUCGCUCACAUCGGGCGGCUCCUCAGGAAUGCCUGCAUGGAUGGGCCGUGGCAAGACGUCGUCCAUUAGCAGCUCGGGCAACGGCUCCAUCCUCACCAUGGACGCCCUCGAGCACACGCUUGCCAAGAACCCGGAGCCGUUGCAGCACUUUUCCGCCCUGCGCGACUUUUCGGGCGAGAACAUUGCCUUCCUGACGCGCGUUCGCGAGUGGCGGGCCACGUAUCUGGUCCAGGCGCACAACAACCGCGAGUCGUCUCUUGACCGGGUCUCCAACGAAAAGGAGACUGUGCUGUCGGGGCAGCAUGUCCUGUCGCGCGAGUGCUUCGAGAGCGCCCUGCGCAUCUACAUAGACUUUAUCAGCAGCAACAGCGCCGAGUUCCAGGUAAAUCUGUCAUCACAGGACUUCAAGAAUCUCCAGGCCGUCUUCGAGCCGGCCGCCCGCGUCAUCUACGGAGAAAGCCGAACCCCUGACCCGGCCACGCCGUUUGACGACGAGCCGCGCUCCAACGAGACGCUGGACAAGGUGCGCUACUGGGGCGACAUCCCAGAGAUCUUUGUCGACACCGUCUUUGACGACUCAGAAAUGAGCAUCAAAUACCUCGUCCUCACCAACACGUGGCCCAAGUUUAUCAAGGAAAGACGGUCGUUCGAUGCGGCCGGCAGCGUCGAAACGGCGAGGCCGUGA